UCGCGCAUAAGAGAGCACUUACUUUUUGACACACACACACACAACUGCGAUUGGUGAUUGUUGUUGUGACAGGAAAAACAGACGAGAAACUGUUAAUUAUAAUAUAAUACUUGAAGCGCGCAUUUAUUUCGUUUAGUUGAAAAAGAAAAACAUUAGUGCCUGAAACGUCAAAUUUUGUGUUUGUUGAGAAACAAAUUUUGUGUAAAGCGCUUUUGCCUUAGUGCUCAGCGCUGAUAAAAUGAAGUUCCAGUACAAGGAGGAACAUUCAUUUGAAAAAAGGAAGGCCGAGGGAGAGAAAAUUCGACGAAAAUAUCCCGAUAGGGUUCCUGUAAUUGUCGAGAAAGCGCCAAAGGCAAAAAUUAGCGAUUUGGAUAAGCAGAAAUAUUUGGUACCAUCAGACUUGACUGUGGGUCAAUUUUAUUUUUUGAUUCGCAAACGAAUUCAUCUUCGUCCUGAGGAUGCUCUAUUCUUUUUUGUAAACAAUAUCAUUCCGCCAACAAGUGCCACGAUGGGUUCGUUAUAUCAGGAACACCAUGAAGAGGACUUUUUCCUUUAUAUAGCGUAUAGCGAUGAAAAUGUGUACGGGCACUAAUUAAUUCGAAAAAUUUUAUUUUCGACAAUUAUCUUCAUUCAAUAUAUGGAAAUAAAAGAAGAAACAAACAAAACAAAAAAAAAA